GGCCCCGCCCGGCUCCACCCGGCCCCGUUCCGCGCCGCUCCGCUCCGCUUCUCCGCGCUCGCAGGGCUAUGGCCGAGUGGGCCCCCGCUCAGGACCUGGAGUGGGCCAUGGAGCCCCAGGAGCUGUCCCUGGAACAACCCCUGGCCGCCCCCGAGGAAGGGCCCGGCAGGGAGGCCGAGCUGCCCGCCGCCGAGAUCUCGGUGACGCUGGUGACGGAGGUGCAGGCCGUGGACAGGAAGGUGGAGGCGCAGGCGGCCCAGCUGAUGAACCUGGAGGGCAGGAUGAGGAUGGCUGAGAGCAAACUGAUCGGCUGCGAGAGGACGGCCGUGGAGUUCGGCAACCAGCUGGAGAGCAAAUGGACGGCCCUGGGCACCCUCAUCCAGGAGUACGGGCAGCUGCAGAAGAGGCUGGAGAACAUGGAGAACCUGCUGAAGAAUAGGAACUUCUGGAUCCUGCGCCUGCCCCCGGGGGCCAAGGGGGAAGUCCCCAAGGUCCCCAUGGCGUUUAACGACACUUCAUUUAGCUUCUCGGAGGACGAGUGGAAGAACUUGAACGAGUGGCAGAAAGAGCUUUACAGGCAUAUCAUGAAGGGCAACUACGAGGCCGUGAUCUCGAUGGAUACUGCAAUUUCAAAACCUGACCUCCUGUCACGGAUUGAGCAAGGAGAGGAUCCCAAUGCUGAGGACCAGGAUGACUCUGAGGGAGGAGAAACCCCUACGGAUCCCAGCACCGAGUUUUUCUUCCCCGGUCCCGAUGACAACUCGUGGAGUAAAUAUGAAGAUACCCUGGCUGAAAGUCACUACGGUUCUGAAGAAGAAGAAGAGGAAGAAGAAGAGAGCAUGGAGGCUCCCAAUACAUAUGCGCAGCAGUGUGACGAGGAAUGCCCCGACAGCCUUGAGCUUCCUGGCUCGUUAGCGGGAAAGUGGGAUGACGUUUUCUCAAACCCAGAGGAAGAGUUGAAGCCAAGCAGCAAGAAUCGGAGCGGGUCGGGCCCACAGCAGAGAGGUGCGGCGGGCAAUGGGCUGAGGCGCUCCUCGCGCCGUGGGAGGGAACUGUCAAAGAAGGAAGCUCCCGAGGAAAUGGCCGCAGAGGAGGGGCCGUACAUCUGCUGCGAGUGCGGGCAGAGCUUCCUGGACAAGGAGCUCUUCGCAGCCCAUCAGAGAGCUCACAUGGACGAGGAAGCCUGCACGUCCCUGGAAGCCGGGGAAAGCUUCAGGCAGAAAUCCAAAUCCUCUGCGAAAGGCCAACGCUCCAGGCCGUCCAAGCGCGCCAAUUCAGAGAAGGGCUCUGGUUACAAGUACGGCUUUGUCAGGCCAAACAACAUGGUGGAAAGACCCUACACCUGCUCCCAGUGCAAAGAGAGCUUCAGCCUGGAGGUGAGCCUCAUCUUGCACCAGAAGCUCCAUACGGGGAAGGGUGACGGGCCGCUGACCUGCACCUACUGCGGGAAGGACUUCCGGGACCUCUCCAAAGCCAUCCGCCAUCAGCGCAUCCACACGGGGGAGCGGCCGUACCAAUGCACCGAGUGUGGGAAGAGCUUCAUCCGCCGGGACCACCUGCUGAAGCACUGGCGUGUCCACACCGGGGAGACCCCGUACCAAUGUCCCGUCUGCGGGAAGCACUUCCGCUACAAAGAGUCGCUGAAUUGUCACCAGAAAAUCCACUCCCGCAACCCCCGGCCCAUGGAUGAGGCGUUGCAGCACAACCUGGAGUCGGCCACUCAAACCAGCCUCUUCUGUUUGAAAACAGAAACCAAGCAGUACUCCGCUCCGCCCCGCCCGGCUGCGGCCCCCGGCGCGGCCCGCGCGGCGGCGGACGGCGGCCCGCCCGCCCCCUGCCGGCGCGGCGGGGCAGCGGCGGGGCCGGAGCGCGGAGCGCGGAGCGGCGGAGCCGGGACCCGGAGCCGCUCGGUCUCUCCCCCCCCCCUCCCACCACCGGCUCAGACGCCCCGAGGAAGCAGCGAACGGGCGCCGGAUCCUCCCGGCCGCGGCCCCCCCGGGGCACCGGGCAGGGAACAAAGGGCCAUGGCCGAGGGGGCUCCCGCUCAGGUUCCGGAGUUGGGGAUGCGGCCGCGCUGCCCCUCACCCUUCCAGAGAGGAAGCAGCACCUGCACCUCGGAGCGCGAGACGCAGACGGCAGAGCUGUCCCUGACGGUGGUGACGGCCGUGCAGGCGGUGGAGAGGAAGGUGGACUCCCAUGCCACCCGCCUGCUGGACCUGGAGGGCCGCACCGGGGUGGCCGAGAAGAAGCUGAUCGACUGUGAGAAAACGGCGACGGAGCUGGGCAACCAGCUGGAGAGCAAAUGUGCCGCGCUGGGCACCCUCAUCCAGGAGUACGGGCUGCUGCAGCGGCGCCUGGAGAACAUGGAGAACCUGCUGAAGAACAGGAACUUCUGGAUCCUGCGGCUGCCCCCCGGCAGGAAGGGAGAGGUGCCCAAGGUGCCGGUGACGUUUGACGACGUGUCCGUCUGUUUCAAUGACAAGGAAUGGGAGAAGCUGGAGGAGUGGCAGAAGGAGCUGUACAAGAAUGUGAUGAAGGGGAACUACGAGUCGCUCAUCUCCUUGGACUAUGCAAUCUCCAAACCUGGCGUUUUGUCCCAGAUCGAGCAGGGGGAGGAACCGCGGGUCAGGAAUGAGCAGGACUUGGAGGAGAGUGAGAUGAUGAGCGAUGCCACCGCAGCCGGGAUCAGAGUCGUGAUCAAAACGGAGGAGCUGCUUCCAGAGGACAGCCCCGAGAACCCAGAGCUGCACGGGAUGUCAGGGCAGUCAGAGGGCAGCUUCCAGAGCCCGGAUGAGGAGGCCGCCUGCGAGAGCCCCUACGGCUCCGUGUCCCCUCCCCGAGAGCUGCCGGGCACCAGCCUGGGAGACCCCUCCGAGUACGUCGGGGACUACAACGAGAUCCAGAGGGUCAUCGUGCACCAUGGGAGCUGCACAGAGGACGGCGUCGUGAUCAAGACGGAGGAGGAGGAGGAGGACGACGUGGACGAGCCGUGCUCCAUGUUCUCGGGCCGCAGCGACCCGCCGGCGUUCCCCAGCCACGAGGCCGGGCUGGGCUGCGAGGCGCAGUGCAGCUCCAAAGCGGCUCCGCGCAGCCUGGCGGCCGCCCGCGUGCACAAAAGCCCGUCCUGCGAGAGGGACGCGGGCGAGAUGAAGCCGGCCAUGGCGCAGCAGCAGCGCAACCGCACCAGGGAGCGGCCCUACAUCUGCCCCGAGUGCGGGAAGAGCUUCAUGCUGAAGAUCAACUUCGUGAUCCACCAACGCAACCACCUCAAGGAGGGCCCCUACGAGUGCCACGAGUGCGACCUCAGCUUCCGCAACAAGCAGCAGUUCCUGCUGCACCAGCGCAGCCACACGCGCCGCGGCGUGGGGGUCCCGCGCCGCCCCGAGCACGGCCUCAAAGCCCCGGCGCGGCCGCCGGCCCCGGGGAAGCCCUACAAGUGCUCGGAGUGCGAGAGCAGCUUCAGCCACAAGUCCAGCCUCAGCAAGCAUCAGAUCACCCACGUCGGGGAGCGGCCCUUCACCUGCGGCGAGUGCCGGCGCAGCUUCCGCCUGCAGAUCAGCCUCAUCAUGCACCAGCGGAUCCACGCCGGCAAGAACGAGAUGGCCUUCCUGUGCCCACAGUGCGGGAAGAACUUCACGCGGCCCUCCCACCUCCUGCGCCACCAGCGGACUCACACCGGCGAGCGGCCCUUCCAGUGCAGCCAAUGCGAGAAGACCUUCAGCGAGAAGUCCAAGCUCACCAACCACUACCGCAUCCACACCCGCGAGCGCCCGCACGCCUGCGCCGUCUGCGGGAAGGGCUUCAUCCGCAAGCACCACCUCCUGGAGCACCAGCGCAUCCACACGGGCGAGCGGCCCUACCACUGCGCCGAGUGCGGCAAGAACUUCACCCAGAAGCACCACCUCCUGGAGCACCAGCGGGCGCACACCGGCGAGCGGCCGUACCCCUGCACCGAGUGCACCAAGUGCUUCCGCUACAAGCAGUCCCUCAAGUACCACCUGAGGACGCACGUGGGAGAGUGA